ACCCAGCAUGCACCGCGGCAAUGUCUAUUCUGAGGACCCCGGCCAGGCGUGGCCACAGAAAAUGCCUGACUGAAAUUAUCACACAAAGUGUUGCUGUCUCUCCAGUCCACGAUGAAGGGAUUGCACAGAGUGAGGGAGGGAUGUGGAUGGACGGGGGUUUGAUGUCUGCAGACCAACCAUUUAAACGACUGCAGCCUCCACAUGUGUCACGGAGGAAGAUACUUCAGGUGCAAGGAGCUGCAGUUCCCUUCCCUCCUCUCAAGGUGUUGUCCAAUGGGGAGCCAUGCGUCCUGUUCCAGGCCAGGAAGCUGUCUCUCCGCUACGAGAAGCAGAAGCAGUUGGAUCUGACGGAGAGAGCCUUUUCUCCUCAGCAGCCUGUCGACACCAGCCAGUCUGUCUGCCGCCAGGAUAAGGCCACACUGAUUAUGAGGUUUGGAGACGUGGAGGAUUUCAGAGGCCUGUCUAUCAGGCUGCAGCUGUCCAAAACGUUCUGGGAGUCCUCGGGCCAGUGGUGGUUCUCGGUGGACAGCGUGUCUCUGGUCUACAACUCCUCAGAGGAGGCGGUGUUCAACGCCAGCGAGGUGUUCGCUCCGGCCUCCUCCUCCUACCACUGUGACCACGUCAGCUCCCUGCAGCGCUACAGAGCCCUGCUGCUGCCUAGCAACCAGCACGCUCAGCGCUGGAGCCUCACCUUCACCAACUUCCAGAUCCAGGCGUUCAACGUGAGCUCUGGGAGCUUCUCUCCGGCGAGCGUGUGCAGCCCGGUCCUGACCCCGGCCAUCCUGAUGGGUCUCAUCACGUCCCUGAUCCUGCUCCUGGUCCUGGCCUACGCUCUGCACAUGGUCAUCCACCUCAAACACAUCGAGCACCAAGACCAGCACAAGGCCCACGUCUACUACCCACCAAGCCCCGAACGCUGCUGUGUGGAAAAUGAUGACGCUGAGAAAAAUAUUCUAAGACAAGAAGAAAAUUAGGCCUCAAGAUUGUUAAAGGUCCCUUUAUGGAGGUUUUUUUUAACAUUAAU